AUGACUAUCUCGAUACCCUUAGCUGCCGAUGACGAGACCCGAAAAGCCGAGGCUAUGCGCCUUAAAGCUAUUUUUCAGGAUCGCAAACGGAAUGACCCGACCCUAACUCAAGACAAAAUCGCCGAUCUCUGCGAAUGGUCUGGACAAAGUGUCGUCAGUCAGUAUUUGAAUGGGCGCAUCCCCCUCAACAUCGGCGCCCUCAUAAAGUUCGCGAACGUUUUGGGCUUUUCGCUCGACGAAGUCAGCCCGCGGUUGGCUGCCAUAGCGCAGAUGCCCCGCUUGCGGAAUACGGAAGAACGCCAAAAAACGCCAGCAAGCAAUGACUGGGAAAUCCACCCGAUUGAAGUAUGGGAUGACGAAACUCCACUCGGCCCGGACGAGGUCGAGCUGCCAUUUUUCAAAGAAGUGGAAUUAUCUGCCGGCAAGGGAUCUGAGGUGAUGCUUGAAACAAACGGCCGCAAGCUGCGAUUCGGCAAACGAACUCUGAAACGUAAGAGUAUUGAUCCGGACGCUGCUGGCUGUGUGCCGGUAACUGGGAACAGCAUGGAGCCCGUGCUACCGGAUGGCAGUACCGUCGGGGUCGACACCGCAAAUACGACCGUCCAGGACGGCAAGAUGUAUGCAAUCGACCAUGACGGCCAACUGCGCGUGAAGCUGCUCUACCGCCUGCCUGGCUCCGGCCUACGCCUUCGCAGCUAUAACACUGAUGAGCAUCCUGACGAGCGCUACGAAGGCGACUACGUGCAGCAGCAUAUUCGUGUGAUUGGAAAAGUGUUCUGGUACUCCGUAAUGCUC